AUGGCAAAGGAGGGUCCUAAUUGGGAAGGCUUACUUAAAUGGAGUCUCUCUCACUCUGAUGGCAACGGUUCUUCCCCUCAACUAAGCGAGGAGGAUAGAAAAUGGUUCAUGGAGGCAAUGCAAUCACAGACUGUUGAUGUUGUAAAGCGAAUGAAAGAGAUAACUCUUGUUAUGCAGACUCCAGAUCAGGUUUUGGAGUCACAUGGUGUAACUCCUCAAGAUAUUGAAGAUAUGCUGGAUGAGCUACAAGAGCAUGUGGAGUCCAUUGAUAUGGCCAAUGAUCUUCACUCGAUUGGUGGCUUGGUACCACUUCUUGGCUACCUGAAGAACUCGCAUGCUAACAUCAGACAGAAAGCUGCAGAAGUUGUGAGUAUGAUUGUUCAGAACAACCCUAGAGGUCAACAAUUGGUCAUGGAAGCAAAUGGCCUUGAACAACUUUUGUCAAAUUUUACUUUGGAUCCUGAUGUCUUGGUCCGCACCAAAGCACUCGGUGCAAUCUCAUCUCUAAUCAGACAUAACAAGCCCGGGAUUUCUGCAUUUCGCCUUGCAAAUGGUUAUGCAGCUCUAAGAGAUGCGUUGAGCUCUGGCGAUGUGAGAUUUCAAAGGAAAGCCCUUAACUUGAUCCAUUAUUUAUUAAACGAGAACCGUUCAGAGUGCCGUAUAGUGACUGAGCUCGGAUUCCCUCAUAUAUUGAUGAACCUUGCAUCGAGUGAAGUUGCUGAUGUACGUGAAGCUGCACUUCGGGGCCUCCUUGACCUAGCUCAAGACAGACUGGGAAAGCUUGACAGUAUCCCAAAUGAAGAAUAUGACAGAUUGAAGAAAAUUUUACAAGAACGGAUAAAGGAAAUUGGGAAGAUGUCUGCCGAAGACUUAGGGGCUGCCAAAGAGGAAAGACAGCUUGUGGACUCUCUCUGGAGUGCCUGCUAUAAUGAACCAUCUUCCCUUCGAGAGAAGGGGCUUCUUGUCCUCCCAGGAGAAGAUGCGCCUCUACCAGAUGUUGCCAGCAAGCAUUUUGAACCACCACUCAGGGCAUGGGCUGCUAACCAAAAUCCUGAUACAAAACCUAGUUCUGAAAAGAAGGAAAGUUCACUGUUAAUUGGUCCGGGACAAUCUACUGACAAUGCUUCCUAG